AUGGAGGGUGGGGACUGCUGCACGACGAGCGGCGAUUCCAGUGGCAUGUCUGCUCCGCCAACGGGGGGAGAGGGGGCGGCGCCGCGAAGGCGGCGGGGGGAGGGGGCGGCGCUGCCGGCGGGCGGGGAGAGGCCGUACCGGGGGAUCCGCAUGAGGAAGUGGGGGAAGUGGGUGGCGGAGAUACGGGAGCCAAACAAGCGGUCGAGGAUCUGGCUGGGCUCCUACUCCUCGCCGGUGGCCGCGGCCAGGGCCUACGACACCGCCGUGUUCUACCUCCGCGGCCGUUCCGCCCGCCUGAAUUUCCCCAACGAGCUACCCUCGCCGGCGGACGAUCGUUGCGGCAGCGGAGAGGAGCUCUCUGCGGCGCUCAUCCGGCAGAAGGCCACCGAGGUGGGCGCCCGCGUCGACGCGCUGCACUCGGCGGGGCAACUCGGCGAGCCGCCGGCGAGGAGGGCGGCGCCCAAGAACCCGGACCUCAACCGGCAGCCCAGCCCGGAGAGCUCCGACACCGAGCUCUGA